AUGACACGGAUACUGCUUCCCUUGGCGCUCCUCGCCGCCCUCUCUCCAUUCGUAAAUGCUGGCGUCAAGUUCACAUCACCGGCAGCAGGCGACAAACUUACGGCUGGCACGGCCGUCACGGUGAAAUGGGAAGAGGGUGGCACAGGACCCAAGCUUACGGAUCUGACGACUUAUCAGCUGCAGCUGAUUGUGGGAGGCAAUCAAGGCUCUGAGCAAUUCGUAGUGGGUACCAUCACACCAAGCGGUGCAUUUACAGCGGGCAACACAGCUUCGGGUAGGAUCGAAGCGGGCAUGUCUGAAGACCUGAAGACUGCCAAUGCCUACUUCAUAAAGAUGAUCGCAGUUGGAAAGACUGGCGGUCAGCUCGUCACCUAUUCCGACCGCUUCCAGUUCUCCGGCUUCACGGGCAAGAACAUCCUCAACCCCACUGUCAAGAAAGCCGCUACAGACAUCACCACUACCGCCGGGCCAGCGGCCGAAGACACGACGACCGAUGGGACAGACCCCGCUGCGGUAGAUCCUGCUGCUGGCGAUUACGGUAUGGAAUACACAAUGCAGACGGGCCCUACGCGUUAUGCGCCCAUGCAGCCUGUACCGCCUACAAAGAUCACCGCCAAGAACACAAAGCCGCUGUACCCUACAAGCAGCGUCAAGAUUGCGAAGACGAAGCUGCCUAUACCGAGCGUACAGACUACGCUUACGCAGAGUCAAACAUUCUCCGUCAAGAGCAUGGAGAACACGGUUGCUGCGGCUCCUCACGCUACCGACGAUAUGGCCAAGUACCUCAGACGCUGGCAGGACUAG